CAAAGAGAGAACAUUCGCGUUUUGGCUUCCUCGAUGAUAGUUGAAUGUAAACAAACAGUUUUUAUUUUAUCAAUAGAAAUUUUUGUUCGACAAUUUCUAGAAAUGAACUUGUGGUAAUCUUUUCGCGGAACUAUGGAUAAACUGGUUCAAAAGUGUCUUGUGCCGGGCUGCGAAUUAUUGACAGAUAACCCGCAGGUUAUUUUCUUCGACUUCCCAACUACGGACCGCGACCAGAUCCGGGUAUGGAACAAAGCCCUCGGUUACCGAGCGAAUUGUAAGCACAUUCCUGACCCCAAAGUAUGCGAGCACCACUUCGAGGAGGCCGACAUUGAUAAGACUUGCUCUCCUGCACAGUUGAUAGGGAAUGCGGUACCAAGCAUUGGUAUAAUAAGCUCCGCAAUACCUCUCGCCAAUGAGUCGGCUAGUGGAGUAACAUCUGCAAUGGAUGGGCCAAGCUACUGUCGGCUGUGUGCAAAAAUGGAACGGGCACCACUGAAAAACAGCAUUGAAAAAAUGAUGAAAUGCAACGAUACUGCUAAACUGUUGGAAAUUUGCCUAGGAGCAGACGGAAACAAUCCAAUGUUUCCUAGAGGAGUAUGUGACGCAUGCUCGCACAUGAUGAAGUUCUUGAUCAAAUUCGUCAGAAAUUGCUACGGAGCGCAAGGCAGACUGACUAAAAUUUUUACUGAGAAGAGUGAAUUAGAAGAAACGACUGAUUUGAAACGUGAAUCAGGAGACAUUGCACAAGGGGCCAUAAAAAAAGAAGUUGACGAAACAAAUCACGGGCUUCCGACGGAUUAUCUGGAGAUCGGAUUAGAAAAAGAGGAAACGCGCGCUUUACCCAGCUACAUCAUUAGCGAUAUAAUUGACGACGAGUCCAAAGAUGAACAUAAACAAGAGGACAUUGAUGCUGAUGUGAAAUCGGAACCGGACGGGAUAGAUUCCGAUUCUGACUAUGAGGUGAAAAAUUUCCAUAUUUCGUCACCGUCAGAGAGUGAUUCCGAAUCGGAUGAAGAAAAUUAUGAACUAGAAGAUGAUACAUCGAAAAUUUCAAACAAGACCACGAUGAUAAAAUUCGAAGAUGAAGAACUGGCUAAUGAAGAACGACCAAAAAAGCGUCGUGGACGCCCGAGAAAGCACGAUCCUCGACCUCCUAGAUGUCCCAGGGGACCGCGAAAACCUCGUGGUAGUCGCGAUAAAGCAAUAGAAGAUAAACCGGCGUCCUUGUGCAAACAAAUUUGCCAGGUGUGUGGCAAAAUCCUAUCAAGCAGUGCUACAUUCAACGUGCAUAUGAUGACGCACACACAACAGAAAGACAUCGUUUGUCCGAUUUGUGACAAACGGUUCUACGUGAAGCAACAAUUGAAAAUCCACAUAGAGUCAAUUCACGAGAAAAAGGACUUUGUUUGCAGUAUCUGCGGCUUAAAGUGCCGUUGGAGAAAGAGUUUACGGCGGCACAUGCUUUUGCACGACGAUAAUCCUUACAAGCACAAGUGCACCUACUGCGACAAGGCUUUUGCGAGGCCCAAUCAGCUGCGUUACCACGUGAUGAAGCAUACCGGUGAUCGUGUAUAUUGUGAAAUCUGUGGAGCAGAUUACAGGUUUAACUAUAUGUUAACACAGCACAAAAUACGCAAGCACGGUAUAGUUGUCGAGGGUGUGCAGCUAUACAAACAGAGCGCUAGGAAAAAGAAGUCCGAAGUUGGGGAGUCAAACCCACGUCGGAAUCGUCCAGCAGCUGAUCAGCCAACAAAUCCGGAACUACAACAAGCUCUUGCGCCCCCAACAGCGUCUUCAAUGCAUCCGCUUACGAUGCACGAUCACGACCGUACUAAUCAAAGUGAUCUAACUCAUGUAUCGGACUUAGGAAGCCCUGCAACCAGUGCAUCUUUUGCAACGAUCGCAUCACCCGAACCGCCACAUUUUCCCAAUCAUCCACAUCCACUACUGCAGCAACAGACACAACUGCAUCACCAGCAGCAGCCACAGCACCAUCACCUCCAGCAAACACCACCUACUCAGUUGGGCGGGUUCAAUGGUGCCGGAUUAAAUAUGGCAAUGCCACCUGGACUCAUAGGGUUUCCCACGAUGGGAAGACCUUAAGAAAGCCAUGGCAUAAUCCAUACCUUUGUACGCCCAGUCUCAGUAAAUUGUGUAAUAAAAUAUAAAAGUACACAUUUUAACAA